CACAGCUGACAUCAGUUGUAUACAAACAAUACAAACCGUCAACUCGAAAGCGAACAAACAAAACACUUUGCUGCGAUAUUCUCCAAAGCGUACUUUUCCCAAUUCGGUCGAUAUCAAAGACAGAAAGGAAGUAAAUUGCAAUUCAAAACAAAAUGUCAAGCCUACCACUUUUGUUGAACUUGGCCAACGACCUGAACCGUCUCUCGCUGGCAGUUUCGCCAUUCUAUGACUUGCCAAGCACCCACAGACAUCCUUAUUAUAUGGCCUUGGUUGAUGGUGACGCUCCACGACGACAGGAAAAUGCUGGUGCGGUCUCGGCAAUUGGCAAGGAUGGUUUCCAGGUUUGUAUGGACGUACAGCAGUUUAAACCGAGUGAACUGAAUGUCAAAGUCACCGAUAACUGUGUCAUUGUCGAGGGCAAACAUGAGGAACGCGAAGACGACCAUGGCUACAUUUCCCGUAGCUUUACACGACGCUAUGUCUUACCCAAGGGCUAUGAUCCCAAUAAAGUUGUAUCGACUCUCUCAUCAGAUGGCGUUUUGACAGUCAGCGUUCCAAAGCCACAAAUUGAGGAAAAGACCAAUGAGCGCAUUGUGCAAAUUCAACAGGUUGGUCCAGCUCAUCUUAAUGUGAAACAAAAUCCCAAGGAAGUUGAGGGUGACAAAAAGCAGGAAGAGGAGAAGAAAAACUAAAAAUGUCCUGUUGGUUUCACUGUUUCAAGUCUAAAUAAAAGCAUUUCUGGUCAUUCAUUCAUACAUUUGUAAGUGGUACGUCCGUUUCCUCCCUACAGGGAUGUACUGUUUCAUUAGUCAUUUUUCUAGAGAUUAACGGUAUUUUGUAAGAAUUGUUAUAAUAGUUUUUAAAAAAAGUUCCAUAAAUACAAAAUUGUUCAACGAAUUGAAAAUAUAAAUUAA